AUGCUCAUCAUAACAAAAACCCUUGUUUCAAAAGAGUUCACCUUCUGUAUCACUAGCUACUGCGUCUUGACCUCUCUGGAAUCCUGGUUGGUAACCGUGUCUCUCGUUUUGCUCACUGUUCCGAAGUUCACGAAAACGGGACUGAAACGAAUCUUGGAAUCCGCAGUGAUUCGGGUAGUUUGUAAUGACGAGACGCUAGGCAUGCUGGCAGAGACCCUCCUAUCGACGUCGUCCUUUCAAGAUCUCUGCUUCACCGACAUCAUCUGCGGUCUGCUUCUCAACAAUCUCGUUUGGCACCACAAACGCGAGAGCGGCGUUCCACUCAACGUCGUAAAGAAUCUCCCACUCGACCAAUACCUCGUUUAUCUGAAAGAACACCCCGAAGAGCUGCAAAGCCACCCAAUCGAACAGGAAGAAACGUUAUUUACGAAUAAGGAAGUGCUUAAUGAGCUAAAGCACUAUGCGGAAUAUGCAAAUGCGAUCUAUGGCGUUUCCUUCGAAUCGCUUCGAAAAAUGAAAGAGGGGAAAGUGCCUCCGUUCGUUUCCAUGCUUCGGCAAAUUCGAAAACGACUCAUCGAGGGAAGGAGUUCUAUUUUAGAAGUUGUAACAAUGAGCACUCUGAUCGAAGAGUGCAAGGGAGAGUUGAUUUAUUACUCUCUAGACGACAAUCUGGACGCUACUCCGUGGCUUCUAGCGUACGAUUACUACACCGACGCUGUGGUUUUGUGUGUUCGCGGAACGAAAACGCUGGCGAACGUGCUCACCGACAUGCUGAGUCGACCCGUAUCACUCGAAAGCCUGGGAAAUCGAUAUGGAUUUAACGGAAAGAACGCAUACACACACCAAGUGGAUACGAUUGCGACGUUUAACAAGCAGGGAAUGCUUCUGGUCACGGAGAGCAUCUUGCAGAGUUUAGAGGAGAGCAACAUUCUCACAGCAUUGUUGCACAAUCGUCCCAAUCUCACAGAUAUCGAGAUAUCACACUCCGUUCGUUCGCACAUCACGUCGUUCACGCGGUUAAUCAUCACAGGACAUUCCAUGGGCGGCGGCGUGGCGUCGCUACUUUCGCUGGCGCUGCAACGCGACUUCCCGAACACGUGCUACACAUUCGAUCCACCGAGACAAACUCUUUCUCCCUGUCUGGUGCCCGACACACUUGCAAACACGUUCACGACCAUCAUGGGAGAUGAUUUAUUCCCUCGCUUCUCUGCGCAGACCUACAUCAAUCUGCAGGACGAUAUCGUUUCUGGGCUUUGCCACUGCAAGAAAACCAAACUGGAGCUGUUCUGGUGCUUGCUGCCUUGGUCUCACCCCAGCGACGAUUCGCAGAUUCCAGCCGAAAAGGUUCUCUAUGAGAAGAACUGGAAGCAGGCUAGAGCGAAUGGAGAGCCGGUGAAGCCGUGUCUGCUGCCUGGGCAACUGAUCCAUUUCAAGCCAUGCACUGUUGAGAUCAAUAAUCCAGAUGGGUCUGUGUACAGGAAAAGUGGGGUGAAAGCCAUUGCCGCCAAGGAAGACGAUUUUGCUGAUUUCAGAGCGGGAAAGAGAGGUUUGCUCCACCACUUUGUUUUCAAUGUGGACAAUGUAAUCCAAAGCAACCAAGAUUCAUUAAUAAGUCCCCGUGUAUUUAUAUACAACAAAAGAACAAUGUUUGCAUUGCGGUGUUUUUCUACACGAUGUGAUGCAUUUUCACAGUCAGCGAUAAGAAAACAAUUAUUUUCAACAGGAUUCAAAGACGAAGGUGACUUUUAUAUAGACCCCGAGAAGAUCAUUCAAACAAUCAAGGAAUUACCCAAAUCAAGUGUUUCGCUACCCGAAUCGGUAAUUAGCGCUUUGAAGGACGAUUCUGUUAUUAGUGAUUUUUCUCAGAAAGACAUUGGCGUGAUUACGAAAAUGUUGGAAAAGCAAGCGUUUUCUUCGAAGCAAGACCAGAUCGACGUGUUUAACAGCAUGGUCAUUGCAUGCUGCAAUGCCAGAGACUGCGCCUUCGAGAAGGGAAUUUUGUCUUCUAUGUCGAUUCCCGCCACCACAAGCAUUUACAUGAUGCUGUUUAAAUACAAGCAGUACGACAAAAUUAUCCAUCUCUACGAGAUAAUGAGCAAAACAGACAUGAACUUGGACGAAAACGUGCAACUGAGCAUCAUUCGUUCCUACAGCAACUGCCAGCGUCUAGAAGACGCGUUGGCUGUAAUGAACAAACUCAUCCAUUCGAUCGAAGCCCAGCUUCAAACCGCUCCGAACGAAUCCACCAAAUCCACUCUUCAAACCCAACUACUAAAAGCAUACUCAACAGGCAUUGAAGUGAACUGUCGAAACAAUCAAGGCGACGCAGCGUUGCUAUUACUUCACGAAAUGGCCGAGAAAACAGAGCAUUCGCUCACCAUUCCUCGCAGCUGCUACACCGUUCUUUUUAAUUACUUCUCGAGCAGCGAUGCCGAAUCGGAGAGUUCGAAAAGCAUCAAAGAGAAACUAAACGAGAUGUAA